AUGUCAGCAACACUUGCAACUAUUCUUGCCUCGAUUACAAGCAAGCAAGGUGAACUAAAAAGUAAACCUGAAUCAGAUGCAGACCUUGUGCGUAAGUACUUGGAAAAGAAGACGUGGAAAGCACAGGAAAAUGCUAACUCCACUUAUUCUCUUCAGGGUCUUAUGCAGUAUAUUUCAAACAAUGUCAUUAAAGACUAUUGGUUGAGCGUUUACAGCGAUAAGGUGCAGCAGUACUUCAAGGAAAACAGAUUCCAUAUUCAUGAUCUUGGAUAUCUAAGCGCCUACUGUGCGGGUUGGAGUCUUGAAGAUUUACUCACCCAAGGUUUUGGAGGUGUUGAAAACAAAAUUCAGGCAAAGCCACCAAAGCACUUUUCAGCUGCCUUGAAUCAAGCUGUCAACUUUCUUUUCACCCUUCAAGGUGAGCUUGCUGGUGCACAAGCUCUCUCAAAUGUUGACACUUAUUUUGCACCAUUUAUCAGAUAUGAUCAUUUGGAUUACGAGCAAGUCUACAAAGCGGUUGAAAACUUUAUCUAUUCGCUUAAUAUUCCUACAAGAUCCGGUUUCCAAGCACCAUUUACAAAUGUCUCAAUGGAUUUGGUUUGUCCCCCAACAUUGAAAGGUCAUCCUGUUAUCAUUGGAGGAAAGUAUCAUGAAAGUUGGGUCUAUGAUGAUUUUCAGGAGGAGAUGGACAUGUUCAAUAAAGCUUUCUGUCAGGUCAUGUAUGGAGGAGAUGGAAAUGGAAAUAUAUUCUCGUUUCCUAUUCCUACGUACAAUCUUUAUGAGGGAUUUGAUUGGGAUGCGCCAAGAAUGAAGCCCGUUUGGCAAAUGACAGCAAAGUACGGUGUUCCAUAUUUUGCCAAUUUUAUCAACAGUGACUUAGAUCCAUCCGAUUUCAGAUCCAUGUGCUGCAGGCUUCGUCUCGAUAUCAGUAAGCUUCGGAGUCGUGGUGGAUUGUUUAGUUCUAUGCCAUUGACAGGUUCUUUGGGUGUCGUCACUAUUAACCUCCCAAAUCUUGCCCAUCGUAGUGAUGGUAAUAUCAAGAAAUUUCAUGAAAUGUUGGAUGAUACAUUGCAGGUUGCCAAGGAUUGUCUUGAGACUAAGAGAAAAGUUGUUGAUUCUAACAUGAGUCUAUUUCCUUAUGCUACCCAUUAUCUUCGCUCCGUCUACGAGAAAACAGGUUCUUACUGGGCAAACCAUUUCAACACAAUAGGUGUCAUUGGAAUGAAUGAAGCUAUGCUAACUCUUUUGGGUCAUGGUAUUGCCAACGAUAAGCCAUUUGCUAUUGAAGUGCUUGAAUUCAUUAAGGUGCGUUUGGAAGCUUUCCAACAGGAAACUGGACAUUUAUUCAAUUUGGAAGCUACACCAGCAGAAGGUGCAUGCUAUAGUCUUGCACGUAAUGACAGGAAAAUUUUCAAGACCGAUGAUAUUCCCGUUUUCUACACAAACUCCACUAUGCUUCCAGUUAAUUACACUGAUGAUGUUUUGAUGGCUGCCGAUCACCAGGAAAGUCUACAGUGUACUUAUACCGGUGGUACUGUUUUCCACACAUUUUUGGGUGAAAAGUUAACGUCUGGUGAUGAAGCAAAGAAAUUAGUUAAAAUGAUCACCACGAAUUUCAGAAUCCCAUAUAUCACUUUGACGCCAACUUUCAGCAUUUGCAGCAAUCACGGUUACAUUGUGGGAGAAGUUCCUAUUUGUCCAAAGUGUGACGAGCAUACACUUGUCUACUCUCGAAUUGUUGGAUACUAUAGGCCAACAAAAGACUGGAACAUUGGAAAAAAGAAUGAGUUCAAGAAAAGGAAAACAUACGACCAGAAAAAACUCGCUAUUGGAGGUUUCAUGAAGCAGACUUUAAUUGAUUACCCUGGUAAAAUGGCAUCCAUUAUGUUUACCUCAACUUGUAAUUUGGCAUGUCCAUGGUGUCAGAACGGACCAGUCGUUAGGGGAGAAUCUCCAUUAAUCCCAAUUGAAAAUGUCUUUGAUUAUGUUGAGAAUUCAAAGCACAAAAAUCUUGUUAUAUCUGGUGGUGAACCAACUAUUCAGCGUGGUCUAAUUCCUUUCUUGAGAUUACUAAAGAAGAGUGGUAUCAGCGUCAAGUUGGACACAAAUGGAACAAACCCACAAGUGCUUGAGAAAAUCUUCAAUGAGCAUUUGAUUGACUACAUUGCAAUGGAUAUCAAAGGCUCUCUUGAUAGAUACAAGGAAAUAGCAGGAAAAUAUGUCAAACCUGAAGUCCUUAAGCGCAGUAUCGAGAUGAUUAAGAACUCGGGUGUUCCAUAUCAAUUUAGAACCACCGUUGUCCCUGGAUUGGUUGAUCUUGAAGAUCUUGUCCAGUGCAAGAAGCUUUCUGGUGGCAACUUGAAGCUUCAGAAGUUCCGUAAGGAUACUGAGGAGCAGUUUGAUGUCAAGAGGAAGAAGAUCGAGGAAAUUGAUGUUACUGCUGAAAAGCAGGCAGUGCUUGUUUAA